GCGAAAGGGGGUCAAACACCGUAUUAGUAUGGUGUUCCUAAUAAUCCUUUAGGUGAGUGUAUUUCAUUGAUAUAAAUGCUUGCUGCUGUGGUAAGGGUGAACUUGGGGGGGGAAAAAAUACCAUGAUAUAUCGUGAAACCACCAGAAUCUUAAAAUAUACCAUGAUACAAAUUCCUACCUCCCAGCACUAGCUGGAGUUGUGUAAUUCUGUAAAUGUUGGAAUGUCGGACACGUAUGCAUCGUCUCUUCUGACUGACGUGCUGGACAAUGCCUACAUGUCAUAAUCCUGUCUAGGUAGUAAAUUGGUGUGGGUGACUGUUGUCCCCUAACUCAGUCUGUGCUCUGAUUUUCAUCCACGUUUACUGUUCACCUUUAUCAAGGAACAAAUUAAGAGGAGACCCACCUGCUGCAAAUGGAUGCAAUUCAGAACUAGAUUUUUUUUUUUUUAAUAUAGCCCCUCCCCCUUGUCAUUGGUCACUUCAAUUUUGGUCUUUUUUCCUUGUUGGUUACUGUAUUUGUAGUAGCUUGUGGAACAUACGACUCUUGGCAGCAGUUUUAUGUUUAAAUUAUAAAAUAUAUUAUGAUGUAAUAAAUGAUCUGAUGAUGGCAAUUGUACAUCAGACUUAAUGGAAUUUAAAAUACUAUAUUUUCAAACUUGUAAAAAGUAAUGGUGUCAAAUGGUAAUUGCUACCAUUCUCUGUUCAAAGUAGUCUCUUUUCUGUAGUGCUUUGCUUAAUGUAUAGUUGGUUUACCUGUCCAUACUGUGUACAUAAGAGUCUGGAAAGGAGGAAUUGAACAUCAAGCAAACUAUAAUUUAGGUUUACAAAUAUUAUUCAAGUACCUUCAUGAGUCUUUUUAAAGAUAAUUAAGAUUGCUAUGGAUCAUAAUAAUAUCAGGGUAGAUCAGAUUGAGGAGUCUAUUUUGAUUAAUUUUUCAAAGAAGCAUUUGACAGUCAUUGUGUUAUUUGUAAUCAGUUCUACACUAAAAUCUAUCCCUUUCUUUUAGUGGGACAGGUGUCUACUAUCAAGCUAUGCCUGCUGUGGGGCCUGAUGGGAAAAAUGUAAUGAAACUCAUUCCAGUUCAGCGAGUCAAUGGACAGUUUGUUAGUAUACAAAAUAGCUCUAACUUACCCAAUGUUUGCAGAACUGCUGACAAUGAACCACAAAGGGUGUAUGCCCAACCAAUCCACUUCACCCCAGCACCAGUGUCACAAAGUAACCUUCCAGUUACUCUUCCAAUGCACCCGACUGUCAAUACAAGAUAUGUUCUGAAAAGGCCACCAGACAUAAAUGUGACGCUGAACCCCCUCAGUGCAACAGGACAGUUUCAGGAAGGAGUGAGAGUAUCAACAGGUGCUCCCAUUAGAGUCCAUGUUCCUAUAGUUCACUCGAAAAUGACCCAGAAUGUGGUGCCAGUGGCAUCACCCAUGUUGAACUGUGGGAAAGCAAUAACACUCCUGAAUAAAAACCAGUUGCCUGUGGCUGUGAAAUCCCCAGUGCUCCCCAGUGGACAUUAUCUUCAAAUUCCAUCAAAUGCUCAAGUGAAAACACUGCCAGCCUCAGCACUUCCUCAGGCUAUAAAAAGGAGGAUAUUGACACCACCAGUCAGCACCCAUUCAGGUGCCCCCAGCACUACAUCGAAUUUGCUAACUGCUGUGUAUGUAUCACCAGUGAAUACCAUGAAACUAGGAGCUUCAGUGCAUACUCCCUCAGUGUCACCCACUCCCCUUCCAGUCAACCCACUGCCUAAAACAAGUAGCCAGCCACCUCCAAAUUCUUUGCCUAUUCCUGCCCAAACCACAAAGGUCCUUUCUAAGGAAAGCCCAGGUCCCAUCACUCCAAUUAAAUGGGUUGUUCAGGAACAGUCUGAUUCAGCUGCACCAUGCCUCGUUCCCCAGAACUCCUCUUCCAUGACCUUGGAGAUCCUUAAAACUCUUGCUCAGAUGGAGAAAACCAAGAAUGUUGAUCAGAGUGCUGCCACCAAAUCUUCUCCCCAAAAAAGUCCCUCAGGUGUUGGACCAGGGAAGGACAAUGCUUUGGUCAUGUACAAUGGGAAGAUGUACUUUGUGGCUAAGAAAACACCUGAGUUUGAUAAACAUGUUACUGUACAACUUAAUGCCACUGAGAGCCCGCCCAGGCGGUCAGCAGAAGAGGCCACAGUCAAUCUGAAAAAUGUCUCUGUACCCCCCAGUCAGGCUUCUAUCACUGUUUCUGGAUUGCAUGUGCAGAAAUUGUCACAAACAGGAAAUUUUUAUGUCAGCAACAAAGUAGAUGAGAUCAUAGAUUUAUGUGAUGAGGACCCACAGGAUGAAUGUUUCAGUCAGAGAAUGACUAUUUGCAGUGCAUCCCAGACCUGCUCCAGUAAGGCUGUUACUGUGGAUGAUGAUGAGGAUUCUAAUGUUAUAUUUGUUUCAUACAUCCCACCCAAAUCAAGUGCUCAAACAGAUGAUGAGGAAAGGGAAAAGGAAACUGUGCCGGAUAGUACAAUGGAGGAAGAAAUGGAAGCAAAACUGGGUGAGGAA